CCUCUCCGCGGCUGGGUUACGGCCGCAUUGGCCGCUCCCUUGUGCCUAGUGUGGCUGUUCCCUUUCGCUGUGCGGACGAGCUCAUUGUCAAUCAGGCGCUUCCUUAUUUCCCCCCACUCUCUCAGUCUUGGUUGCUCGGCGGCUGACCUACUAACACACAUCUCGGGCACCAUCAGCAGCAGCAGCAGCAGACGAACGAACGAGCGGCUUUUUUGUGGAGAGGCAAGGCGAGGUUUCAAUGGGAAGUGGAAGAGAGAGACAGAGAGCUACAAAGUAAACGCGGGAGGACUUCCACUGCUCUCAGCCAGCUUUGCUUAGACAUUUACUGAUCGCCUCUGCUGGUGUUUGGCGAGUACAAAGGAGUAUGUUGUAGGCGUUGGUAUCGGGAACACGUGAAGGGCAGCGGCUGCAUUCCUUUGUUCGGGGUGGAUUGGAGUGAAGAGUAAGUCGAAGAGCUGAAUGAGGAUGAAUCAGCCGCAGGAUCAGCUUGGACGCAGCUUUAGUCACGUAUUCUGACUCUCACUGUCGCAAUCCAAUGAGAGGGAAAAAGAAAACACACACACACACAGAAACACAUACAGAGGUACAUUAUAUUGUGAGGCAAUCGCUUCUGGACUGACAUAUCGUUCCAGAACAUUUCAUCAGUGCAGCGAUAAACACAUUGAACGUUAUCGAGACGUCUAGUGGGAGCAAGAGAGACAGAGUGGUGGUAGGGCAUUGGCUGAAGCAUACCAUAUAUAAGAGGAAAGCAGCUUAUUCAAGACCUUAUUUUCGUGGUGGACCUGUUAGUUUAGCAAAAGUUCUCCACUCCAGUCCUCUUUGUGAUAGAUGGCCUCGAUUCACUCGGAUGUCGAUAAAAUCACAGCGUAAUUGAAAGACUUCUUCUAUCAAGUCCAACAAUAAAUCUUGCAGCUGUUUUGAAAUCCAACCGGUAAUGAAGAUCUGGGUGCAAUUAAGGUUUCAGAUUUCAUUUGUGUUGCAAACAGUGAAGGUUUGGAAGUAGAAGCCAACUAAUGGAAGAAACAUUUUCAAUGAGGCAUAUUCUAGAAAAUAGUUAAGAACAUUUUUGUCCCAUCAGCCAUACAUACACGUGAGGACAAAGUUGACAUAAUGGAAGCACAGAGACCAGCUCUCCAGAAAUAUACAGGAUUGGUUGGAUCUUGCGUUUCUGGGGAACAAAUGAUGGUAUUAGCUCCUGCUUUUGAAAACAGUGCAGAGACUUUUUCUGCAGAUGACAGUAUGAUGAGUGAUGACAUGAGCAUUGGGUCUCUCAAACAAAAGUCUUCGACUUGUCGCAGAAAGCGGGAAUUCAUCCCUGAUGAGAAGAAAGAUGAACUAUACUGGGAGAAGAGAAGAAAAAAUAACGAAGCGGCCAAAAGGUCACGUGAGAAGCGGCGUUUGAAUGAUAUGGUUUUGGAGAACAAACUUAUGGCAUUAGGUGAGGAAAAUGUAAGACUGAAGUCGGAGCUUUUAGCUUUGAAAUUAAAAUUCGGAUUAAUUACUGCGGCAUUUUAUGCCCAGGAAAUACAGAAUCUUGGAAAUUCUCCAGGGCCAUGUUUUCAAGACUAUAAACCCUCCAACAUAAAUUUAGCUGCUUUCCAACCAGAACAUGAACAUAAUUUCCUUGCAAAUGGCUGUAUUUCUGUCAUUAAACACUCUCCACCAAGUUCAUUGUCAGAUGUUUCGGAAACGUCUUCAAAUGCCAGGGAAAGUCCCCUUCUCCAAGUUGCAUGCAAAAGCCCAACCAGUACUUUCAAUGUUAUAAAACAAGAACCUCUGGAAUUCAAACUAGAUACUGGGACCUGCUUAAGGGAACCCAGUGAGGAUAAUGGUUCAUAUAUUGCAACUGUGUACAGGAACUACAUUGGGAAUGCUUUCAAUGGAAAUUAUACCCAUUCACCACCUUCUUUACAGAUUACUAGAUCAUCAAGUAAUUCCCCAGGAACAUCAGAAGCCGAUGAAGGCAUCCAAGGGAAAAAUACAUCUGAAGAAGAUGGAGAAGAUGAACAGCGUGUACCAAAAGGUCCAAUACCCUCUCCUGUAGAACCAAAAAUUGUGAGCAUUGCCACGGUUAAGUUUCACAACUCAAAUUCUUCUGCACUGCCUCACAAGCUUCGCAUCAAGGCUAGAGCAAUGCAGAUUAAAGUAGAGAAUGCGGAGGCACAUUAUGCAACGACAGGGAAACAACCCUCUGCCAGCAAUAUUUCCACUGAAAAAUCUUGCUCAUUAGACAGUGCGACAAUGUUUAAAUGCAAUUCUUCAAAGCCAGUACACUCUUCUCUUGCUCCUUUGUCUAUUCAAGUUGCAAGCAUCAAUGAUUGGUCUCAGAAACCAGAACUCUGGCGUCAAAAGGAGAUUGAAGAGAAAUUGGAAGGGGCAUAUAAAAAUGUUCAGCCAUGCUCUCCAGUUGCACUAACAAACCAAUUGGUUAAUUCUGGGAAGGACUCUGCUUGCAAUGGCAUUCACCAAGGGGCACACUUGGAAUCUGAGAAUUUGUACUUAAAACAAGGAAUUGCAAACUUAAGUGCAGAAGUUGCAUCAUUGAAAAAACUGAUAGAAAAGCAGCAGGUUACUGCUUCAGACACUGGCAAAUGCACUACCGAGAAAAGACUUGCCAACUAAGAUUCUAUGAAAGAUUCUAAAUGAAGUAGAGUAGUACAUUUUAUAUUAUGCUAAAUUUUCACUGGAACUGUUGUCAUUUCACUGUAGUUAAAUUGUGAUUUCUUGUAAAUGCUUAUGUACGUUCUGAAUUGUACAUUAUGAAAUUUGUCUUUUGUGACUUUGUGAUAAACAUAGUCUGAUGAAAACAUUCACUUCUGUACAUUCAAAUGCCUGAUUCAAUGCUACAGAUGAAUCUUUUACCUUUUUGUUUUAUCAGACAUCAAAAAGCAAAAUAUCAGGUACAAUAAUUAAACUGUUGAUGAAUAA